AUGAUUAUUCUAUUAGUUAUUGGAAUGUAUGGAUGGAUUGUAAAUAGUAAAACACUUGUUUGUACAGUAAAAUCAAGUAUUAAUAGUCAACCUAUAAUUUAUGGAAAUGAUUCUAAUAUUUAUAUUGAACCAAAUUGUCCCCAUAAAGGAGGAGAUAUGGAUCUUUCAAGUUUAAAUGGAGAAAGUACUUUCUAUUUGACGGGAGAAUAUAAUACAAUUACAACACCAUCACAUCAAUUUACAGUUCAACGAUUAAUAUUAACAGAUAUUCAAAUUAAUAAUUUAAUUAUUGGAAGAGUUAAUAUAACGAUUUCAGAAGAAAGUCAAAUUCAUAAAAUUGAUAAUAUUCACUCAACCAUUAAUUUAUGUCAAACAUUAUGGAUUUCUUCAUUAUCAAAAAAGGCAUUUCAAAUAUCAGUACUUCAAUCAUUUUCUCAACAUUUUAAAGUUAUUAUAAGAAAUAUUGAUUUAACAAUAACUAAAUUACUAAUUGAAAACGACGCAACAAUUGUUUUAUUAAAUAAAGCUAAUGUAUUGAUAACAGACCCAACUUUUCUAAGUGACAUCUUUUUAGAAUUUCAUUCAGGAUCAACAAUGCAAUUUUGGCUUGAUGUUCACUUAAAUAAUACUAUCAUUUCAUUUGAAGAAGAAAAAUCAUUAAAAACAUCUUCUACAUUAUAUCUUAGUGGAUUAACAAGUAUUUUAUUUAAUAUUCCUUUAAUACCAAAAUGUAAUUCAAAGUAUGAAUUAUUUGGUGGAGAAGUUAUUUAUAAUAAAGAUAUUACUAAAGUUAAAAUAAAUGAAGAAGAUGUAAGUUAUCAAAUUCAAGAUGAUAUGAUUGUUCAUUAUCCCUGUCCAUUACCUGACUUAUAUAUUUAUUUAAUUAUUGCUUGUUGUGGUCUAGUGAUUUUUAUUCUUGGUUUAAUAUUAAUUGCAAUAAUUAUGAAAUUCGCUAUUAUCCCACAACUUCAACGUAAAUUAAAAAAUGCACAUGAUAUUAUGGAAACAUCUUCAUUAUUACAAAAACAUAAUAGUAAUUAA